AUGUCAAUUAUCACCCCUAAAACCCUAACCCCUUCUCCAUUUCUUCGAAAACCCCAAAACCCUAAUCCGAACCCCAAAUUUCGAAGCUUUAAACCCCAAGUUUACCAAUUUCAUUGCAUAUGCGAGCGCCAAACCGAAAGGGGUAUCGAGUUCGAGACGGGAGAGACUUUCUUUCGCCAUGAAAGUGCCAAAGGCCGGGACUUAGGGAUUCUGGCCGCAGCUUUCUACAAGCAAUCAAAAGGAAGAUUACGGGUCCUGGACGCAAUGUGUGGCUGUGGAAUCCGGUCUUGUCGCUAUUUACUCGAAGCCAAAGCGGAUUUUGUGUUGGCAAAUGACGCAAAUGACGAGUACAGAGGAGUUAUUUUAGGGAAUUUGAAGAAAGUGGAGAGGGGCUUUGGCGAUGCGAGGAGAUGGGCUGUUUCGCAUUUUGAUGCAAAUAGAGUCUUGACGGAAUGUUACUUGCAGAGGGAUUUUUUCGACUUGAUUGAUAUCGAUUCGUUUGGGAGUGAUUCUUUGUUUUUGAGGUCUGCAAUGAGUACUUUGAAAUUGAAUGGAUUGCUUUAUCUUACUUCCACUGAUGGGUACUCUUCAGGUGGUCACCGGCCUUAUUGUUCCUUAGCUGCAUAUGGAGCAUAUGUACGCCCUAUGCCUUGUUCCAAUGAGAUUGGUUUGCGAAUGCUUAUAGGUGGGGCUGUGCGGGAGGCAUCUCUGCUGGGCUAUCAUGUCACCCCACUUUUUUCAUACUAUUCGUAUCAUGGACCAGUUUUUAGGGUCAUGCUCCAAGUAAAUCGAGGGAAGGAACAUGAGAACAGGCAUUAUGGGUUCAUCAGCUACUGCAACCAAUGUGGAAAUACUCGAUCAUUUUCAUGGGAAGAGCUUGGUCAAAUUAGUUGUUCUUGCAGCAGCAAUAAGGUUUGUAGUCCGGUUACUGUUUCAGGACCCCUAUGGACAGGACCUCUUCAUAGUGCUACCUUCAUCACAGAAAUGUUAAAUUUAGCUGAGCAAUGGGGAUGGAUGGGAAACAGUGCAGGAGCUGAUCUGGAUAAACUUUUGAGACGGAUGUUAGAUGAAAGUGACCCCAGUUUACCUUUUGGCUACAUUAAAAUGGAUGAGAUGGCAAGCCGUGCAAAAAUUAAUUCACCUCCGUUGAAGACCAUGAUGACCACCCUCCUCGAGGAGGGCUAUGCUGUUAGUCGGUCGCACAUUGCUUCCAACGCAAUCAAGACAAAUUGUCCCAUGGCGGAAUGCAUAAGGAUUGCAAAGGAGCUACGGGGUGUUGACAAAUUUUGAUGCAAAGCUAUUUUAGAGCAGGCAUACUUACCAUAGCUGGGGGAGAAAUGUUGUUCAUGACAUUGAAAAUGCUUAAUAGAAAAGAUGGUGUCGAUUCUCUCACAUUGGUUGAGUGUAAACUUGGUAAGCAAAGAUGAUAUUUUGUAUUUGCAUGUAAUGUUAUGUUCUUUCUACUUGAAGGUCGAUAAUACUUUUUAGCAACACAUUGAUUCAAUAGUAAGUUGUUUAGAAACACUUACUAUGAGAGUUAAAUCGAUUCAAUGUGUUGAAUGCAAUAAUGAUACCCCAAUACAUCUUACCAAUAGUAUGAGAUAGACAAAUUAUCUACCAUGGAAAAAAGGAAGAAGAUGAAAAAGGUGAGAAGGUUGGGAAUGCUGAGUGUAACUGAAGAAUCAAAAUAUCAAAUACCAUUCUUUUUCCUGCACAAAA